AAAUAAUGCAAAACAUAACCUCUUAAAAUAAUUUUGAUAAGAAAUAUAAAUUCAUUUUUCAAAUUCUUAUAAGAAUUUUGUAUAUAAUUCAAAUAAUAUUUUUUAUUAUAAAAUGACAUCUACAUUUACUGUUAUAACUCGACAAAUUUCAAUAUCAUCAACAUGUUAUGGUAAACGAAAUUUUCGUAUGAUUCAAUUAUACAAUAAAAGAGGUAGUCGUAUGUUUAAGGAAGAACGAGCUAAAAAUCCACACUACGAUAUUCCUAUUGACAGAAGAGGUGUAAAAUCAACAGGGAUGUGGGUAAAAAACAAAUGGGUUAAUAUACCAGAAAUGAUACCAGAACUUGUUGUUCCUUCCUUAAAAGAUUUUCAUUUAAAACCAUAUGUUUCUUAUAGAGUUACAGAUUUUACUAAACGUGAAUUUACAGCUAAAGAUUUAUUUAAUAUAGUAUAUGCUGAUAAAAUAAAAAAAGAUUUUAUUGAGGGUAAAUUAGAUCCAAAUGGUGAAUCAUUAAAUCCUAGUGAAAAUGAAAAAAUGACACCUAAAGAAGCUAGGGAACAUGCUGAAAUGACUGGUACAGAUAUUUUUUUAAUGAAUAAAAAAAGAGAUUAAAUAAUAUAAAAUAUUUCUAUUAAUUGUAAUAUCUAUUAAAUUUUCAUUGUAAUUGAAUAAUUAUCUUCAAAUAAAAUAGAUUCAA